GCGGAGAGCACCAGCCAGCUGUGACACACUCGCUCGCAGGAGGCGGUAGAGGUGGCCGUUUGCAUCCUGGAUCAACAACGGCAGCACCGCCGCAUUACUGAACAGGUGUCUUCAACUGUAUCCCAGCUAUGAUGAAAACGGGCGCCACCAAGUUGGGGCUGCCCAAGGCGGGGCUCCAGGAGCGGGCAAAGCAGGCCUCUUCGCUCACUUGCUCCUCCUCCUCCACCUCCUCCACAAACAUGAGGAUGUCCAGAUCAUCCAACACGCUGGCCUCAGAUCAGCGUCUCAGCAGGCUAAAACGAGCCAACAGUGAUGAUGCUCUGACGAAGCCUACACUGGGAGCCGCUGCCUCCGGCUCUCGCAUGAAGAAGACUGUGACCACUGGAGCCAUCUCAGAUCUUGCUGAGGCCCGCCCCCGUAGUCUGUCUGGUUGUCAAGCAGCCAAGAAGUCCGGUAUCCCGACCCCUCGAGAAGUCCCUUCUUGCAUGUCAAGGGACCGCAUCUGCCCGAGGGACCAGUUGAGGAACUCUACCUCCAGGAGGAUCGUUUCCAGUGCCAGCACUUCCAGCCUAUCUACCUUGGCCAAACAAACACGGAGUUUAGCAAAGUGUCGCGGAGAUGCCGAGGGCCUCCUGGACUGCCAGGUUAAAGAACUGCUGGCUGAAGCCAAGGCUAAAGACCUGGAGAUCGGCAAUCUCCGCAUGGAGUUGCAGCGCUGCAGAAGUAAAGCCUCCACUUCUCCAUUACCUUCGCCUGCCUCCGUAUCACCUCAGGAACAGUCGGCAGAUCAAGCAGAAAAGGUUGCAGAAGCUCUGGUACUCGUUGGAGAGCUGAGAGAAAAGAACGCAAAGUUUCAAAGAGAGCUGGCCAACCUCAGGGAGGAGAACCAAGUGCUCAAGGGAAGGCUCCUGAGUUUUGAGACCCCGUCUAGUCCUCCUAAACGUCUGCAGAACGGCCUGCCUUCAGAAUCCAGCUCUUCUGGUCCACUACUAGAUCUGGCGUCUCCCGGCCGUAUUAAAGCAUCGGUCUCCUCCAACUCUGCCAAAGACUCGCCUUCACCUGAUCUGUCAGAGUUUGAGAAGAUCCCACGUUCGGAAUCCAUAAGCAGCAGCCUCAGCGGGGAUGUGUCUGUGCAAAGUCUAACAGAAAAGAUCCACAAGAUGGAGGAAAGCCACCACAGCACCGCCGAGGAGCUGCAGGCCACCCUGCACGAGCUGACCGACCAGCAGCAAGUGGUCCAGGAGCUGACUGCCGAGAACGAACGUCUGGCUGACGAGAAGCGCGUCCUGCAAACCUCACUCCAGCAGCAAAGAGAACAUUUGGAGUUGCUGGCCCAGAAGAACGAGGCGCUGGCGAGCCGACUUCAAGAGCAGGCCCAGAGGGAGGGUGAGUUCAGGAGCGAAGGGCCGCGACUUGUCGAACUGGAGCAAAGGUACGCCGAACUGGUCGAGAGCUCACGCUUCGAGCGAGAGAAGCUGGUGAACAUUCAGCAACAGCUGACGAGCGGACUGCGGGCUCUUGAGGAGGAGAACCAGGAGGCGCAGGGCCAGGUGCGCUGCUUCCGAGAAGAGAUGGACAGGCUGCGCUCCCAGCUGAACCGGGAGCUGGAGGCCAGAGGUGAGGCGGCGCAGUCGGCAGAGGAGCACAGGGCCACGGCAGAUUGUCUCCGGCUGGACAACAGCAGGCUGAAGGCCCAGUUGGACAUCGAGAGGCAGAAGACAGGUCAAAACCUGGCGGUGGGCGAAGUCAAGCCCCUGCAGAGCGGCCGUGAUUGCGCUGAGCUGCAGAACCUGCUGAAGACGGCCCAAGGCGAGCGAGACAGACUGGAGCAGGAAGUGACGGAGCUCAAGCAGGAACUGCUGCAAGCCCGAGCUGAGACCGAGCACGCCCAAGCCAGCGUGUCCAAGGUGGAGGCCAAAGGCCAGCAGGUCCAGGAGAGAGCCGAGUUAAGGGAGCAGGAGCUCAGCAGUCGAGUGAGUGCUUUGGAGGAGGCGGGCUUCCAGGCGGACAAACAAGUGAAGGAGAUGAAGGAGACCAUCUUCGAACUGGAGGACCAGGUCGAGCAGCAGCGGGCCGUCAACCUCCACACCAAUCAAACUGUCCUGGACUUGGAGAAUCUUGUUAAGAAGCUAACGGUGCAGAAAGCAGACGCAGACCGAAAACUGAAAGUUUUUAGUCGACAGAUGGAGGAGGAAAAAGAUGAGUGGCGUCGGUUCCAGGCCGACCUCCAGACGGCGGUGGUGGUCGCCAACGACAUCAAGGUGGAGGCUCAACAGGAGCUGCGUACGCUCAGGAGGCAGCUGCAGGAGGAGCAGGCUCGCAGUGCCAAGAUUUCUGCCGACUUGGAGGCGCUACAAGAUGUCAGGUCUCCAGGCGAAGACUCAAAGCUGUCGGAACGAGACGGCCGCCAUCCCUGGUGCGGUGUGAUGCAGAGCCCACCCGUGGACGCCAGUGGGGAUGCCGACACGGACCCUGGAGCGACAGUCCAGUCCCUCAUCCAGUCGUUUGAUACCGUUGGGCAAAAUGGACCAGGCCACGCACGACAAAUCCACAGCUCACCUAGAAGUCCGCUGAGCGGGAUACCAACUUUGCGUACGGCGCCCGCGGCGGCCGUCUCACCCAUCCAGCGGCAGACGUACAUCAAACCCUUGUCCAAGUUGCUGGAGACGCCAAUCGGUCACGGAGACUUUGUUCAUCCUCGGCGUGUUUAUUCCGGCUGCGGGGAAGACCUGAAAUCCAGCAUCCUGAUGAGGAAGAGUCCGUCACUGGAGUCCAUAUUCAAAAGCCCCGCCUCCCUAAGAAGCCGCACGGCAUCCUUUAGCUACAACCAGGACAACAACAACCUCGGCGUGGAAGGAAAGGACCCCUUGGCCGGCCUGGCGCAGGAGUACGGCGGAUCCAAGAGGAACGCGUUACUGAAGUGGUGCCAGAAGAAAACACAAGGCUAUCCGAAUAUCGAUGUGACCAACUUCAGUAGCAGUUGGAGCGAUGGUUUGGCUUUCUGUGCCCUCCUGCAUACUUAUCUGCCCGCCCACAUCCCCUACCAGGAACUCAUCAGUCAAGAUAAGUUCCGGAAUCUGACUCUGGCUUUUCAGGCGGCUGAGAGUGUCGGCAUCAAGGCUUCCCUGAAGAUUGAGGAGCUGAUGAAGACGGACAGACCCGACUGGCAGAACGUCAUGCAGUACGUCUCUCAGAUCUACACCUACUUUGAGACCUGAGGAAUGUUUGCUUUGGAGAAGACGUUGAUACGUCUGCACUACGUUCACAAUCUUCAGACCAUCCACCUUCGUGGUGCCGGACACCAGCACCUCCACUGGGGGUCGUUGGGCAGCUGAGGGCGGCGUCCUUAUCUGAGUCUUUGUCCCAAAAGCCAUCCUAGCUCCAAGUCUGAUCCAUGCAUGAAGUGUCCACAUUCUGUGUGGCUUUAAGGGCAUACAU